UUAGGUUGGUAUUUGCGUGGUCUUGUGAUCGAACAGCUGAAGAAGCCAAGGAAGACGACGGGGAUUGAAGGCUGGAUUUUCCGAGUGAGAUUAUUUCUUAAAUUGACGCAAAGUUUUGACAAUAACCAUGGUGGACCGUGCGAAUAUCAAACAAAUGAUUCCGGCAUUGCCGGACGAGAAAAUUGAUAUGCUGGCAGCUACAAGUGUACUCCAGCAGCAAGCUGCUGAUAUUAGAAAUCAACGAAUUAAUUGGCAAUCAUAUUUCCAAUCACAAAUGAUAUCGAAAGAAGACUAUGAUUUUAUAGCAGCUUUUGAUUCAAGCGAUGCUAAAACAAGAGAGAAUAAGCUAAAGGAGAAUCCGCAUCAGGCAGCUAAAACGUUCCUUAAUUUGCUCGGUCACGUUUCAAAAGAUCAGACGAUUCAAUAUAUUCUUACAAUGAUUGAUGAUAUGCUGCAGGAAGAUCGCAGUCGUGUGGAAAUCUUUCGUGAACAUUCCACACGAAAACGAGAAUCUGUUUGGGGACCAUUCCUUAAUCUAUUAAACAGGCAAGAUGGCUUUAUAAUGAAUAUGACAUCACGCAUUAUAGCCAAGUUAGCUUGCUGGAGUCACGAUCUCAUGGAAAAAACUGAUCUUCAGUUUUAUUUAACAUGGCUUAAGGAUCAGCUGAAACUUAGUUUCGAUGCCCUUCAGGAUCACACAGACUUGCAUGCGGGACUAGAACAAGACACUGCUGUGGAGCAGGGCAAGGAAGCCAAUGAACUGCACGAAUUUCUCAAUCCGAAUAAUGAGUACAUUCAAUCAGUGGCACGAUGUCUCCAAAUGAUGCUUCGUAUAGACGAAUAUCGCUUUGCGUUUGUGUCCGUCGAUGGAAUCUCGACUCUCCUUAGCGUUCUGUCUGGCAGGGUAAACUUUCAGGUACAAUAUCAGCUCAUUUUCUGUCUGUGGGUACUUACUUUCAAUCCUCUGUUAGCUGAAAAGAUGAACAAAUUCAAUGUUAUACCCAUUCUUGCCGAUAUACUCAGCGACUCGGUCAAAGAAAAAGUAACACGUAUUAUACUUGCAGUAUUCAGGAAUUUGAUCGAAAAAGUAGAAGAUGGACAAGUUGCCAAGGAACAUUGCAUCGCUAUGGUGCAAUGCAAAGUAUUGAAGCAGCUUUCGAUAUUAUGCCAACGAAAGUUCGACGACGAGGACAUCACGGAUGAUAUCGAAUUCCUCAAUGACAAACUACAAGCAUCCGUGCAGGAUUUAAGUUCGUUCGACGAAUAUUCGACGGAAGUAAAGUCAGGUCGCCUGGAGUGGUCACCUGUUCACAAAUCAGGCAAAUUUUGGCGCGAAAAUGCCAGUCGUCUUAAUGAAAAGAAUUGUGAACUCUUGCGAAUUCUAGUUCAUUUAUUAGAAACUAGUAAAGACCCACUUGUUCUCAGCGUGGCCAGUUUUGACAUUGGCGAAUACGUGCGCCAUUAUCCACGUGGCAAACAUAUAAUUGAACAACUCGGCGGAAAACAACGCGUGAUGCAACUUCUCGGACACGAAGAUCCUAACGUUAGAUACGAAGCUCUCCUUGCAGUGCAAAAACUUAUGGUACACAAUUGGGAAUAUCUUGGAAAGCAAUUAGAGAAGGAACAGACAGGUGGAGCAUCUACCAACAAGCCUGGAACACAAGUACCGGCGAAAGCUUGAAUAUUUACAUUAUACAACUUGUACAAAUUUUCAGAUUUCAAGAGUGUUUCAAGAGUAUUAUAGUUUGCGUGAUAUAAUCUAUCAUCCGCUUAUUGAAAAACAUAUGUAACUGACAUAUUUACAUUCCCUUCCAUUCUAUAUAUAUCAUUGUAACAAAAGAUAUAUAAAUCGAAUUCUCUUUUGUGCAAUCUAAUUUUGUAACAUAACUGUUGAUCAAAUUAUGUAUAUAGACGAUGCGUUUUGCAUCGCAAUGGGUAUAUAAACGUUGGUGUAAGAAACUUCAUCGUGUAAUAACUUUAUGAAUAGAAUGUUGUCGAAUGUUAGAAAAUAAAAUUUUAUUCUGUU